AUGCUAGCUAAUGCCCACCCAAUACAAUCUUUCAUUGAACAUGAAGAAAGCUGGGAAGACGUCGAAUUCCCAGUGUCUUUAAUACCUCACGAAAAGUUGUCAGUUACAACACGUGAGCCGUUUCCGGAUUUUAGUGAAGAGGAAGAUGAUGAGGAAGAAGAUUCAUUCGGAUCGGAUUGCAGUACAUUAAUAGCCAACAAGUUUCAUUCACAAAGUACAUUAAUAACCAACAAGUUUAAUCCACAAGCCGUCCAGAUUAAUGGCAACAUGAUGUUUGACCCAGUGAAAAAGCAGUGGUCAAAGAUAAAACGCCCACAUGACGAAGAGUCUGAUAGUUCUGAUGACGAUGACUGGCUAGUAGAUGACAAUAAAAAGGAGGAAGAAGAUCAGUUUAAGGUUGGAGGGGAAUUCGAUAUUACUCCGGGAUUGGAGGCGACGUUGCUUGCUGCCGAAAGACAGCAUGGUAAAGAUAUAAUGAAAUGGUAUCCAGCACCUCGAAUUCCCAAGAAUGAGGAGAGGUUUGGAUUGAAAAAUAUGACUGUUCUUAAGGGACAUUUGUAUGAGAUCAGAAAGGUGCCUCCCGCUCGCAAUUCUCCUAGUCGUUCAUCCCGUCGCUUAUCCCGUCGCUCAUCCCGUCGCUCAUCUCGACAAUCUGCCGGUACUCGUCGUUGGCGUUAA